AUGGCGAGCGAUAUAGAGAAGGGUGAUUUCGGUGAUUGUGCGCGACACAAGUCUCGUUAUGACCUAUCAGCGACCAACUCUAACCAUAUCUUUGAUGGAGCCGGCGAAAACAUUCAGUACCACAGUGAUUCGGAGUCGACGGUUUCUAAAAGGAGCCGAACGCGGUACAUUAACCCAGCGAUUUAUAUAGAGACAGUCGAGGCGUCGCAUUCGGUCACCUCGCUACAAACUGACACCUCCUGUCAUGAUGAAGUCACUCCGCACCCCCAUAGCUCGUAUAGAAGCAAUUCCACACCGUUUCUAACUGGACGCCUGUCGAGCGCGUCUUCAGGUAGCGUGAAGAGAAAGUCGUGUCGACUCGCCCAAGAUAUUGAGAAGGACAUAGAAGAAGAAACGCCCAGGUGCGACCACACGUUUCGGGAUGCAGAUGGAGCUGACACGUUUAGGUUAUCUGUUUCGUCUCUUUCUACCACUACGACUGCCAAAGAAGAGCGAGAGAAGAACGAAAUGAAGAGGCGUGAAGCGUUCAAGCAAUGGCUGGAGCGUAAGGAACAAGAGAAACGUGAAAAGUUGCGUCAGGAGAAAUUAAAGAAUCAAUCUACACCAACGACAACGCAAGAGCAGCGUGAAGCAUCGUAUAGGAGGUGGUUGGAGCGAAAACGCGUGCAAGUGGAAAGGCAAAAGGCUGAAGAGAUUAUGCGAAAAUACCGCGAAACCGAACGCCUAGAACAAGAAAGGAAUAGAAGGAAGCAGGACAAGGAGGAGAAACUCGCUGAGUGGAUUAGGAAAAAGGAAGAAGCGAUCAAAAGUAAGCCCGAUGUCACCGAUCUUAACAAAUAA